AUGGUCACAUGGAACGUACAUGUAGAUAUCAGCAAGGAUACUAUUAAAGGCAAAAAUGGAGUCUAUAAGAGUUGGGGAACGUAUAAAUAUAAGGGUUCCUGCGGGUGUACAAUCACUCUCAGGAAAGAAGUGGAACCAAGUGUUAAGGCUGAUGCAGACAGAAAUGAAGAGAAAGAGAAGCUGGAAAACUAUAAGUUUUAUUACCAUACAAUUCCAGAAAAUUGGGAGGGGUGGUCCAUCUAUUACCAGCUUAAGAGGGUUGAGCACAAUGGUGUUGCACAAACUGGAUUGGAUGGAAUGGGCAGUCUUAGCACUUAUAGGGAGGUGUGUGUAAUAUACUGGUUAAAUGACUAUGCUAAUAUCUUCCCAUUAAUGAUCGGUCUUGGUGCAGGCCAUGUAACUCAUUAUAAGCGAAAGAAUGGCACUACUAACGAGUGGGAAAAGGCAAGUAUUGCACAUCCAGCUACUUUAUCAGAAUAUCAGAGAGUGUUGUCUGAACUUAACACAAAGUUUAACGACGUUGUGAUAGUCAACCUCAACGCCGAUAAAGAUAAGAAGUACUGUGGUCAUCCUUCUUUUAACUGCUUCAAGAGUCCUACGGAGAGCUCUAGCAGCUGUUCUCAUAAUGGAACUACAUUCGUUAUCGUCACAGUUUCAGAGAUAACUGGUGGUACGGUUCCUAAUGGCUUUAAAGGUUUUAAGCACUCUCCCUCUGGAAACAAGAUGAGACUUUUAGGAACAUACCAUGGCAACUCUAUGAUCUCAUUUAAGGAGUCAGUUAUAUCCACAGAAUAUGAUUAUGUAAACGCCUAUUACACAUCAGGGAGUAGGGGUGAUAAGCCUUUGUUACUAGAACUGCAAGAACAUCAGGGAACAUCAAAACUUUAUACUCUUGGAAAUAAAGGUGAAUGGGUGCCUUCAAACUUAUCCAAAAAUGAUCUUACCAAGGUGCUCGAUCAGGAGAAUUGUCUGCGAAACAACAUUGUCGUAGCAGAUCUAUCCAACAAACGAGGUAGAUAUUGCUGUGGCAUGAGUAGACAUAGGAAGAUUCAAGUUGAACAACAUCGUAACAAUGUACCGGCUGGAUAUACUUCGUAUUUACACCUUCCAAAUGGUGCCAGUUUUAAUAUUCACAGAUUCAAGAGUGUAGACCAUACCCAUACAUUUACAAAUUUUUAUGGACAGAUUACCGGGAUUUAUGCCUACUUCUGUAACAAGGAUGGUAAGCAUAGGCCAAUAUUGUUAUAUGUGAAUAAAGGAUCAGGGAAUGGAAAAUGGUUUAAGAGGACUUCCGAAGGAGGUAAUAACUGGACAGAUCAGGAACUUAGUUCCCUGAAAACUCAUACACCAAGUUUUCCUAAUAUAAAACAACACAUUGAGGAGGAACUUAAAAAAGUUUGCAAAGAAUUCGGUAUUGUAUGCGAACAUUCUCCUCUAACCUCUCCAAGUGGUGCAGGCUCUGGUAGUUCUAGUGGUUCUGGAAGUAGUGCUGGAGGACUAGGCUCUGCUUCAGUCUCACCUCAACAAGCUGGAGCUGGUAAUACUAGUGAUAGUGGUUCUGGAUCUGUUCCUGCUGCUAAACCUGGUGGAGGUGCUGAUGAAGGCCUUGGUGGAGGGGACAAUCUAGAACCUAAAGAAGAUAACCCAGAAAGUAUAGGAGGACCUCCUAAAGAACACAACGCUGGAGGUUUUAUUCAGAAGGCACUUACCUUCAUAACAUCAAAAGAUGGUAUAAUUACUGCAUCAGUUACCUCUGGAAUGUGUGGUCUAAUCGCUGUUGUUGCAUGGAAAUUGCCUAAUAUCAUGUCGUUUCUAAUCACUAAGGCACUAUAA